ACAUCACUUUGGUUCCUACCCUGUCACAAUAACUCGUCCAUGGUAUAAAACAAUGGCGCAAGACCCAUUGAAAUAAUGUUGAAUGUGUUGCCACCCUAGGGUCACGCUUUACUCAUAAAGCAAAUGUAGAACUUUUAUUAAUCAAAACGUUAAUAAAAUUGAUAUUUUGGGGGUUGGUUGAGACGAGGCACCGACGUGUAGUUUCCAGGUCUUCAUUUGCACGCUCCGACUGGCCGUUGGCCUAGGGAUGAAACCCGGAGGACAGGCUGGCCGACGACCUAGUAAGGGUGCAGAAUGCCUUCCAAAAUCGGGAUGUGAAUUGAGGACCACGAUCAGAGACUGUCGAUAGGGAGUCCAUGGAUUCAGAAGACUUACUGCACCAUGAGCUGGCCCGUCUCCUUGGGUGAGGGUAACUUGGGGAGAGGGAUGAAAUGGGCGGCUUUAGAGAACCUAUCCACAACCGUCAGGAUAGUGGUGUUUCCAUCAGACGGAGGAAGCGCAGUUACAAAAUCCAGGGAAAUAUGGGACCAGGGGUGAUGAGGAACAGGGAGUGGCUGAAGGAGGCCAAACGUAGUUUGCUGCGGCGUCUUAUUCUGGGCACACACCGUGCAUGCAGCAACGAAGGCCGAGACGUCAGGAACCAUAGUGGGCCACGUGAAGCAUUGUCGGAGGAAAGCCAGGGUUCGACGGGAGCCAAGAUGACAGGUAAGCCUGGAAAUAAGCCCAUUCCAGGACCUGAGACCGGGCCGUAUCAGGGACGAACAUCUGACAAGCCGGGCCCCCUUGGGAACGUUGUGCCUUGCAGACCAGUCUCAAUACCCCAGACAACAAUACCCCAGUACAGGUGAGGGAGGGUGUCCGGCUUCUCAUUCUUGGACACUGGACAGUAGGAGAUGGUGAAGUUGAACCUGGUGAUUAACAGAGCCCAACGUUCCUGCCUAGAGUUAAGGUGCUUGUCUGUGCAGAGAUUCUAAAUUAAUAUGGUCAGUCCACACCAAAAAUUGAUGUUUUGCCCCUUCCAGCCAGUGCCUCCACUCCUCCAGUGCCAUCUUGACCGCCAGAAGUUCCCUAUGUCAUAGUUUCUCUCCGGAGUUGAGACGAUGGAACAGGAAGGCACAAGGAUGGAGCUUUUAGUCCUGGGCAUUCCGCUGGGACAGGACUGCCCCCACUCCAACGUCGGAAGCGUCGACCUCAACCACAAACUGACCGUUCCGGAUGUAUGAGGAUGGUUGCUUUAGCGAACGAUGUUUAAGGUCCACAACUGCCCUGUCAACAGCUGGGGACCAUGUGAACAGUAAAAUGGGGAUGUGGGGAGAUCCAUUGAGGAGCAAUUGUAUGGACUCACUGUGAUUGCCUGAUACCCGCAGGUUAAUGAACUGUGCGUGAAUCUGCCAAUAGUGUCCGUCCAGUGCUCUGGCGCCCAUAGGAAUGGAGAGGAGUAGUGUAGAGAUGCCUAGCUCCGAUACAAGGGUAUUGUCCAUAAAACUCAUCAGCCCCAGAGUCAAUGAGCACCCGGCGGGAUUUAGACCGCUCACCCCACAGCAGGAUAACAUGAAAGGGAGUACGAGUAAUGGGAGUUAGACCAUUCCCAGUAUGGCCCACCAUAGUAUUCUUACCUAGCUGAUGAGUCUGGUCUUUUACUGGACAGGCGGAUUAGUAAUUCCCUGUACACCACAAUACAGGCAACUGUUGGAGUUGGCCUUUAGUCGUUCUUGAGGCGACGACCUAGCUCUACCCCAUUGCGUAGGCACCGUAGAAAGUGUGUCGCUCGUUCCUGUAGAUUUCCUAUUGGACUUGGGUGCCUUCGGAUCCUCUCAGGAAAUGCAGGCGUCAGGGACUUCCGGGAUUCUUUGGGGGCAAGCAAGCAGCUGUGUCUGCCACCCUAUGGGGUUCUUGACUUAUUCGAAGUAGCUUUCAGGCUGCCCCUCUCCUGGAAACCGGAGAAUCGAAUACCUUCCUCACCUCCGCAAUGAAAUCCUCCAAACAAAGGUAAAUGGCAAAUUGUUGCUCCCAAACCGCCAUAGCCCAGGAGAGUGCCCUACCAGACAUUAGCGUUAUAAGAUACGCUAUUCUCGAGUGGUCCGACGGGAACAAAGAGGGCUGCAGCUCAAAGAUGAGGGAGCACUGGGAAAGAAACGCCCGGCAGGUACCAGGGUCCCCAACAUAACGCUCAGGAGGAGGUAAGCGGGGUUCUCGGGAAGCCGGGGUAGGCUGCACAAAAUCCUCAACGUCGGGAAUUACUGAGCCUCCCGACAGCAUAUGAGGACCUUCCAUAAGGCUCUGAAGUAGUUCCUCAUGUUUUUCAGUGGUGGCUGCCUGCAGGGAGACAGCGUGACGGAGCCAGUCCGAGUCUGCUGGUUCUAUCAUGGCCAAUUCGUACUAUAACGACACGGAGAGACCCAGAUGCAGGAGGCAGGGUAACAUCAUGCGCAGUACCGAGAUGAGAGGGCGACGGAGCAUGUGAAGAUGUCCCUAAAGACUGCUAAAACAUGGUGCUUUAGACUGAUUGCUGUUGUUCUGUUCUUCGUCUCCUACUACUGCUCCUAUGUCUUCCUCCAGAGCUAUGGAGGCACCAGCAAGUCUCCUCCAACUCCGAGCAAGUCACUGUGCGGUGGCUGGCUAAAGCAGAAGAAGUGGGAGAGCCUCAAUUUUAACAUUAGCAGACAAACACAGCUCUUCUUCAAACUGGAUGAUUUCUUCUGGCGACAUAAUCAGUCCACUCUUGCAUUACCCUACGGUAUUAAAGGCAGUGAGUUGCUGCUGCUGAAGGUUUUAGCCAUUAUUGCCAGUUACAAAAUGCCAGCCAGCAUUGAUGGUCUAGACUGCAGAACGUGUGCAGUCAUAGGAAAUGGGUUUGCCAUUAAAAACAGCUCCUUGGGCGGCAUCAUCAACGAGUACGACGUGGUGAUCCGGCUAAAUGACGCCCCCGUCAGAGGUUAUGAGGACGACGUGGGGAACAAGACCACUAUGCGUCUCUUCUACCCUGAGUCGGCCUCCUACAACCCCAGCAUGCACAAUGACCCUGACACCCUCAUGGUCCUAGUGCCUUUCAAACAGCAGGACCUCCGCUGGCUCAAAGAGAUCCUGUACGACGAGAAGAGGGUACUGGAUGUGUGCGCGCACACCUCCGUUUUAUCUGCUUCCCUGGUGAGGAAGGGUUUCUGGAAGCCCCCUCCACAGAUCUGGCUAGGCAGUACCAGUCGCAUCCGGGUGCUGGAUCCUCACUUCCUGCAUGGGACGGCCAGCAGUCUGCUACAAAUCCCCCUUCACCCAAAGAGAAAACAGAAACCAGUACACCCCACCACAGGGAUCCUAGCUGUGUUUGUGGCACUCAACUACUGUGACGUGGUGCACAUAGCUGGGUUUGGAUAUCCAGCAUCCAAAAACCAGGAGCAUCCUAUACACUACUACGGAUAUGACACUAUGAAAUCCAUGAAGGAUUCCUACCAUGACCUUACCCACGAAGCAGAAGCCUUAAAAAAACUAGAAGAUUCGGGGGCUAUCAUGUACUUACACCCUCACUCCUGACACACAUACUGUACACACAUACUGUACACACAUGGGCACGGUCAAGAAACAGCCCCUAUCCCUUACCUCCGAGGAACUUCAUCAAAAUCUGAAAGGAAUUUUCACUGCACUGCACAUACCUAUACAUUUUCCUUUAGAUCUACACACAAGCCUAGGUGGUAGAGGCUAGCGGGUGUUUUUGGACUGGGCUACACACAGAUAGAUGUCAGUUGUGAACUUGAAUCCUCUGCUGACAAUACGGUCCAAACAUCAUAAUCACACAUUGUGCCAGUCUUAAUUCACCUCACUCUUAUUGAAAAUAAAUACGUUUUUUCCGAUUUGUAAAAAAAAAUAUAUAUUUAAUUUAUUCUUUUUUUUUUCCUGAGUUCUGAUUUGAUUUUGUUUUUAAUUAACUUUUUUUUUAAAAAGCCUCUUAAAUGUUACCACUGGAUAUUUUAUUGUAUGUAAUUCAUUUUUAUUAAAAUGAAAUCUAAAUGGAAAUAUCACUGUUCAGUUUACAAUUUCUUAGCAAAGACUGAUUUAUUUUGUGCCAUGGUCAGACAUUUUUUCAUAAUUUAUUGAUGUUUUUUUAGUUGUGAAUAUUUUUGUUUGUUAUGAGAUGUACAUUAUGAACACCUGCUCUUUCCAUGACUGACUAUGUGAAAACAAUGAUCCCUUAUUGAUGCCACUUGUUAAAUCCACUUCAGUGUAGAUGAAGGGGAGGAGACGGGUUAAAGAAGGAUUUUUAACCCUUGAGACAGUUGAGACAUGGAUUGUGUAUGUGUGCCAUUAGGGUGAAUGGUCAAGACAAAGAUUUUAAGUGCCAUUUGAACGGGGUAUGGUAGUAGAUGCCAGGCCCACCGGUUUGUGCAAUGCUGCUUGGUUUUUCAGUUUCCCGUGUGUAUCAAGAAUGGUCCACCACUCAAAUGACAUCCAGCCAACUUAAGACAACUGUGGGAAGCAUUGGAGUCAACAUGAGCCAGUAUUCCUGUGCAACACUUUUGACACCUUGUGGAGUCCAUGCCCCAAUGAAUUGAUGCUGUUCUGAGGGCAAAAGGGGGUGCAACUCACUAUUAGGAAGGCGUUAUUGUUUUGUACACUCAGUGUAUGUAACAGAGUUCAUUGUAAUUUGGUUUAUGGGAAAAGCGAUAGCUGAACUUUGUUAGCUACACGGAAGUGUAUUUACAGUGGAAGUUCUCAUCUUUUGGCCACUAGAUGGCGAAAAGGCACUCCAUAAAGUUGGCGAUGGAUACAGUAGGUAGCCUCUCCUUUCACAGCCCCCAGAAAACAGACACUUCAGAGAUUGAAGCUUGGGGCAGUUCCAACAACAGCAGCCAGCCGUACCAUGCAGUACAUGUGCUAAAGCCAAUCCUGAACAUCUGGAGCACCAGGAGACCGUGCAAGGCUCUUUAUUCAGUGACUAAAUAAUGCUGCUAGUGACAGAUGCUAAUGAUGUUUCUUAACCUCUCUAAAUGCAGUGCCAUCCUUAUUAGAGCUGACAUUAAGUUCUGCCUGUCACUACAUCCUCAUUGCCAGCGAGUGGCCAAGCACAGCCUCAAUCAGUCUAACCCAUGCAGUCAGUAAGUCUUACACACAGGAGCGGACUUAGUGAUUUGGAGGCGUCAGGCAGUGGCCAGUUUGAGCCCACCACCCCCUGCUAAAAAGUAAAUGGGUUUUCUAGUAAAUAUGUCAUUUAACUGUAAACAUUUUAUUUUAAUGUGCCAUGAACAUAACCUCAUGACUGGUUCAUGUUCAUCUGAUUUGUCAAACAAAUCACUUCAAGAAGUGAUUUGUCAAACAAAUCACUUCAAGAAGUAGGUUACCUCAAAUCAAAUGUUAUUAGUCGCAUACACAUGUUUAGCAGACAUUAUUGUAGGCGUAGCGAAAUGCGUGUGUUCCUAGCUCCAACAGUGCAGUAAUAUCUAACGAUGCACAAAUCUAAAAAUGGAUUUAAGAAAUAUUUGGAUGAGCAAUGUCGGAGUACCUUCGCACAUUCAUCCAAAAAUAAUUCCAGCAUUGGAACAGUGCACUGUGUACCCGCCAACUUUCCUUCAAACUUGGGAUAGCAUCCGAACGAGUGAAACAGUGCCCCUCUGUCUUACUCUAUGUAGCUGAUGCUGUCUGGAUAAAAAGAGUAUGACAUGCCAUUAAUAUUUUUGGCCAGACCUGAUCAGAUACAGUGCCUAUAGAUAGUCUACACCCCCCUUGGAUUUCUUCACAUUUUGUGUUACAAAAAAAAUGUGUAUAUAUACAAAAUGUAUUUGAUGAAACAUUGAAUUUGGCCUUACUGCUAUUAGCCCAUAGAAAUGCAUUGAAUAACAUGUGAUUCAUACAUGGAAAAACAGUAAAAAAUGUAAUCAAAAUGAA